AUGAAACAUCUACCCUUUCUUCAACCACCGAAAGGUUGGGGCGAUGGCGAAGAACGAAAGAAGAAUAGACAAUGGACAGAACAGGACAUGAUUGAUAGAGUCAACUUACAAAAAGAGGCACGAUCUCAAGGAAAGAGCUGUGUUUUCAAUGUUAUUUUAUUAGCUUCUGCUACUAUUAAUGAAGAAGAAGAUCGUUGUAUUGGUGGAGUAGGCUUUGCAACAAUCGAUGGUGACACCGGCUAUUUGGGUAUUACUCUCGAUCGAAGUGUAACUCGAAAAGGAUACGCCACAGAAGCUCUGUAUACGUCAAUUGUUUUUGCAUUCGAAAAAUUAGGCAUCGGUAAAAUAGUAAUACAAACUGAUAAUAAUAAUGAAGAAAUGAGAGGAUGGUGCGAAAAAACAGCUGAACUGAAGUUAAUUGAGAAGAAAGAAGUACAAAUCAAUCAAUACCAUGUUACGCAAUGCCAAUAUGAAUUUACUGAUCAGGAAUGGGAAAACAUCGUGAGGAAAAAAUUGGAAACGAAAUUGAAUGGCAUGUUUAUGAGGGAUCAGUCUCAUUGAAUAGUGUUGAUUAAUUGUGGUAACCAAUGACUGCAAGUUCAAGUUUGCAUACUUCUGUCUCUCUUAAUAUCAGACAUUAAGUUGAUUGAUUCAUAUUUAACAAGAAGUUAUUAUUAUUGUUUUGAAAGAACUGGAUAAAUUCUUGCAAGUGUUCAUGUAACGUUUUAGCUACUGAAUAAUCAAGUAGAAGCUAAAAAAGAAACAACUAUAAUGAUUAAAUUCAUGUACGGUGCAUGUGUAAGAAAAAUUCUGUUUUCUACUUUUCUACGCAGACAGAUAAGCGGUAAAACGAUGGUUUGAUAUAUUGAACAUGAAAAUUGAAGGAAACCACGCUGUAUAACUUGCUGACUUCUUGUAUGAGAAAAGAUGAUCCGUUAAAACGCUUUUUUUCGAUGUCAACUCGUUUUAAUGCGUUGAGUAGAUAAAAUCGGUGAUUGAGCUCGUUUUGACAAGUUUGGGUAGAGAAAGUGAAAAAUGUCUAGUCACUCGUUGAAUCUCCCCUACAUGAUCAUGUCACUCAGAUAGAUGCGUUUUAACGUUGUUUUUCGUUUAUAUAUCAUGGUUAUUUGAUAAGUGGAAUCAUAUUGAGUGUAAUACAGAAAAUAGAACUGCAACCACGCACUAUUGAUUGUAGUGAAUAUUCUGCUGUUCAGCGGUCACUCAUAUGUAAUAAGAUCGAAUUACACCAGAAAAUGUGUUCCUAAUCUAUGAAAUUAUCUAAUCCAAAAUUUACGCCAAUGCGCUAUCUGAUAGACACUUAUACACACAAGAAGUCACCCAUGUCGCUCAUUUUUUAUGAAUCUCGCCGGGAUCCCGCGGGAUUAACUUUUCUGUGCGGGAAGCCGCGGGAUCUCGCCUAUCUCGCAAAAAGUGACGGGAUCCCGGCAAAAUCAUUUU